CAUCCCUGUGAGCGAAAAAAAAAAAAACAACAGGGAGACGGUGGGGUGGAGUACAGGAAGCCGCUGUCCCGAAUAUCUGAACAUGGGCGAAAUCUAAAAAGCGCCGUAAAUCACAGCUUCUCUAUUCCAUCUCUUAGUGUUCUUUGGCGGACCAGAGGCGGCGGAGAUUCCGGUUUUUUAUUUUUCUGGAUCGAAUUGGAGACUUUAACCGAACACAGGGAAGAUGUCUCGGGGAGUGAUCCAGCCCAGCCAGCAGAAGCUGGCCGAAAAGCUCACCAUCCUCAACGACAGAGGCAUCGGGAUGUUGACCCGUGUUUACAAUAUCAAAAAGCAAGGACAAGUUUGGAAGGCAUGUGGCGAUCCCAAGGCUAAGCCCUCGUAUCUUGUCGAUAAGAACUUAGAGUCUGCAGUUAAAUUUAUCGUCAGGAAGUUCCCCGCUGUGGAGACACGAAAUAACAACCAACAGCUGGCUCAGCUGCAGAAAGAGAAGUCAGAGAUUCUGAAGAACCUGGCUCUCUACUAUUUUACCUUCGUAGAUGUCAUGGAAUUCAAGGACCAUGUUUGUGAGCUGCUGAACACUAUUGAUGCCUGCCAGGUCUUCUUUGACAUUACGGUGAACUUUGACCUGACCAAAAACUACCUGGACCUGGUGGUGACGUACACUACUCUGAUGAUAAUACUGUCUCGCAUAGAGGAGAGAAAAGCCAUCAUAGGACUAUACAACUACGCCCACGAGAUGACACACGGAGCCAGUGACAGGGAGUACCCGCGGUUGGGCCAGAUGAUUGUGGAUUAUGAAAACCCUUUGAAGAAGAUGAUGGAGGAGUUUGUUCCACAUGGAAAGUCUCUGUCAGAUGCGUUGAUAAGCCUUCAGAUGGUUUAUCCCAGGAGGAAUCUGUCUGCGGACCAGUGGAGGAACGCCCAGCUGCUCUCUCUUAUCUCUGCUCCCUCCACAAUGCUCAAUCCUGCUCAGUCUGACACAAUGCCAUGUGAAUACCUGUCGCUGGACACAAUGGAGAAGUGGAUUGUUUUUGGUUUCAUCCUGUGUCAUGCUGUCCUGAACAACGACGCAGCAGCAUUGUCUUUGUGGAAGCUGGCUCUGCAGAGCUCCACCUGUCUCUGCCUGUUCAGGGACGAAGUCUUCCACAUUCACAAGGCGGCAGAAGACCUGUUUGUUAACAUCAGAGGGUACAACAAGCGUAUCAAUGACAUUCGGGAGUGCAAAGAACAGGCUCUGUCCCACGCAGGCUCCAUGCACAGAGAGAGACGCAAGUUCCUCAGAUCAGCUCUGAAGGAGUUGGCUACGGUUUUAGCCGACCAGCCUGGAUUGCUAGGUCCAAAGGCAUUAUUUGUAUUCAUGGCGUUGUCGUUCGCCCGUGACGAGAUCAUCUGGCUGCUUCGGCAUGCGGACAACAUCCAGAAGAAGAGCACAGACGAUUUCAUAGACAAACACAUAGCGGAGUUGAUCUUCUACAUGGAGGAGCUCAGAGCUCACGUCAGGAAGUACGGCCCUGUGAUGCAGCGAUACUACGUCCAGUACCUGUCUGGUUUUGAUGCUGUGGUGCUGAAUGAACUGGUGCAGAACCUGUCUGUGUGCCCAGAGGAUGAAUCUAUAAUCAUGUCUUCAUUUGUCAACACUAUGACGUCUCUCAGUGUCAAACAAGUGGAGGAUGGUGAGGUGUUUGACUUCAGGGGCAUGAGACUGGACUGGUUCAGACUGCAGGCCUACACCAGUGUCUCCAAAGCCAGUCUCGGUAUAGCUGAUCACAAGGAGCUGGGAAAAAUGAUGAACACCAUCAUCUUCCACACAAAGAUGGUGGACUCUCUGGUGGAGAUGCUGGUGGAGACGUCAGACCUGUCUAUCUUCUGCUUCUACAGCCGGGCAUUUGAAAAAAUGUUUCAGCAGUGCUUGGAGCUUCCCUCCCAGAGCAGACACUCCAUCUGCUUCCCUCUGCUCUGCACACACUUCAUGUCCUGCACACAUGAGCUCUGUCCUGAGGAGUCCUUUGCCUUUCUUCCUCCACAGCGUCACCACAUAGGAGAUCGAAGCCUGUCGUUGUGUAACAUGUUCCUAGACGAGAUGGCCAAGCAGGCCAGAAACCUGAUCACUGACAUCUGCACUGAGCAGUGCACGCUCAGCGACCAGCUGCUUCCUAAGCACUGUGCGAAGACUAUCAGCCAGGCCGUGAACAAGAAGAGCAAGAAGGCGACAGGGAAGAAGGGCGAGCCGGAGAGGGAGAAACCUGGAGUGGAAAGCAUGAGGAAGAACAGACUACUUGUUACCAAUCUGGAUAAACUCCACACAGCGUUAUCUGAACUCUGCUUCUCCAUCAACUACGUCCCCAACCUGGUGGUCUGGGAGCACACGUUCACCCCCAGAGAGUACCUCACCUCGCACCUGGAGAUCCGAUUCACCAAGUCUAUUGUGGGGAUGACCAUGUACAACCAGGCUACUCAGGAGAUAGCCAAGCCCAGCGAGCUGCUGACCAGCGUCCGAGCCUACAUGACCGUGCUGCAGUCCAUAGAGAACUACGUCACCAUCGACAUCACCCGGGUCUUCAACAACGUCCUCCUGCAGCAGACGCAGCACCUGGACAGCCACGGGGAGCCCACCAUCACCAGUUUAUACACAAACUGGUACUUGGAGACGUUGCUCCGUCAGGUCAGUAACGGACACAUCGCAUACUUCCCCGCCAUGAAGGCCUUUGUCAACUUGCCUACUGAGAACGAACUGACCUUCAAUGCUGAGGAAUACUCCGACAUCUCCGAGAUGCGUUCUCUGUCUGAGCUGCUGGGGCCAUAUGGUAUGAAGUUUCUCAGCGAGAGUCUGAUGUGGCACAUCUCAUCGCAGGUCGCUGAGCUGAAGAAACUGGUGGUAGAAAACAUGGAGGUGUUGACCCAGAUGAGGACGAGUUUUGACAAACCAGAACACAUGGCUGCGCUCUUCAAGAAACUCACCUCCGUUGACAGUGUUUUAAAGAGGAUGACUAUCAUCGGGGUCAUUUUAUCUUUCCGCUCCCUCGCACAGGAAGCUCUGAGAGACGUGUUGUCCUGUCAUAUUCCCUUCCUGGUCAGCUCGGUGGAGGAUUUCAAAGACCACAUUCCCAGAGAGACAGACAUGAAGGUGGCCAUGAACGUCUACGAGCUGUCAUCAGCAGCAGGUUUACCCUGUGAGAUCGACCCGGCUUUAGUGGUCGCUCUGUCCUCUCAAAAGAGCGAGAACAUCAGUCCAGAGGAGGAGUAUAAGAUCGCCUGUCUGCUGAUGGUGUUUGUGGCCGUUUCCUUGCCAACACUUGCCAGUAACGUGAUGUCUCAGUACAGCCCCGCGAUAGAGGGCCACUGCAAUAACAUCCACUGCCUGGCCAAAGCCAUCAACCAGAUCGCUGCUGCUCUCUUCACCAUCCACAAGGGAAGCAUAGAGGACCGCCUCAAAGAGUUCCUGGCUCUGGCUUCAUCCAGCCUGCUCAAGAUCGGCCAGGAAACGGACAAGAUGACGACACGUAACAGAGAAUCUGUCUACCUGCUGCUGGACAUGAUUGUGCAGGAGUCUCCUUUCCUGACCAUGGAUCUGUUGGAGUCCUGCUUCCCCUACGUGCUGCUGCGAAACGCCUACCACGCCGUCUACAAACAGAGCAUCAGCGCUAACGCAUAGACACACACUAAACACACAGUGAAGUCCUACCAUGGCGUCUACCGUCGAAGCGUCGGCGCUCAUAAACAGACGCUUACCCUGCGAAUACUACCAGAACACACUAAAUACAAACUAAAUACAUUAAACUAUGCCUCAACGUACCGUACUGACUAAAACAUGUUGACACACUAAAUAUUAAGCAUUUAAAAAAUGCAGAACAACACACUAAACGCCUGAAGAGCAAACACAGAUUGAAUCUAAACACACAGACACACUAGCUGGACAAAGCUGGGGGAUCAUCGUCUUUAUUUGAAUCAUUGUAUCUUUUCCAUGAUGUUGCCCGGGACCAUGACCACAGCAACAUAAAAUAUACAGUAUGUUUGGUUGGUGUAAAAGAACAAAAAUAUAAAUAUAUAGUAUAUAUAUAGGUGACACUAAAAUAUUCUUUUUUUCUUUUUCUUUUUUCUGUUUUUUUUUCAAUGAAAGGUUUGAGAUUUUUAGUGGCCAGCUGAUAACUACUAUGUGGUGAUGGAUUUGGAUGCUUUACUUGGGGAAUGCAGAUGAUGUGAUGUGGGGGUUCUUGGUUUUUAUUGAGGAGGGCGGGGGCGAGGGUCCUGUGUUGAUACUGAAAGACAUGUUGUUUGUUAAUGUAAGAUUACACACACACACACACGCACACACACACGGGCUUAUCUUCCAACAUUUCAUACUGAACACACACGGACACACUACGAGUUGUAUAACAUGGUGAUGUUUUCUUUCUUUUUUUCUAGCUAGUCGUAACAUGAACUUUUUGUGGGUAAAAAGAUAUAAUAUCUGUAUUCUGCUUUGAUGUGAACUGAACUUGUCUGUUUUUAAUGUCUAUGUUUUAUUAUUUUUACGACAAUGAUUACAACAAUUUGCCAAAUGUGCUGACACUAAAAAAAAAUUGUGUAUCAGGGCGUGGAAGUGGUGGAGUGUUUAACGGUGUGACUCUGCGGCAGCUCUGUUGAGGGACAUUUUGCGAUUGGAACAAACUACAGAAACACUCAGAUAUUCUCUUCAGCUGCUGUUAAUCAACUGUCCAGACUAAGUACAGCUCCAGCAGGCGCAGGUCUUUUCUGAAAAGAAGGCCGAAAUGUUCAGAUUUCUUGUUUUACUCCUUAUCUUCACACUCUAAAUCCCUACUGAAGGAGCAGUGCCUUGCUCAAAGGCGACUUAGCAGCAGCUGGUGAGAGUUAGUACUCCGUGGUUAGUCUAAACGUGUUAGUACUUAAUUCAAGUAGGAAGUAAAUUUAACCAAUUUUUCCACAGAAAGGCAAAUAAAUACUAUUCGAUCUCAGACCUGGAGCUGCAAUAAGACAAAAAAUAAAUAUAUAUAUAUGUACACACUUUUGGUUUUCACUGGAUUUGUAAUUUCAAUGAUCCACCAACGAACUUUCCAUACGAGUGGUUACACUUUCUGCUGCGGUUGUUUGCGGGACCUUUUGAGGACAUACUUUUUACAAAGUGCAGUCUGAUUUCUUUUCUUCUUGAUCAAGGCAUGGCAAGGGCUACAUUUGGGGACAUGUACACAAACCAUGCAGCUCUCAUACCAGCCCUCUGGUGAUGUGCUACUAACCCCAGGGCUCUGUCUUGAAGGCUCAUUCUGCAUACUAUUCAGGACUUUGACCUACAAAAGUUUGAGAUUCAAAUCUGGAAGCCAAGUUGCAAAGUAAAGAAACAUUUACUCAAAUCUACUACUACUAGGCUCUAGUAAAUACACAUUACUGUAGGUCCUGUUUCAACCAUGUGUUUUGUCUGUAGUAUGCUUUAUGAGCAUCAGAGGACAGAUCUGUGGACGCGUUCUGCCAUUUGAUGUGGAAUGGUUGCCGUUUUCUUUCUAACUUCUCUUUUGUGUCUCUGAUUCCACCGUGUAACUUAAAUGACAUGAAUAAAAUAAACUUUAGGGCUGUCAGACCUGA